AUGGUUUUCCAACAGCGGGCCUUGAAGACGGAUGUGCAAAAAACUAUGGUUUUACAAUUCUUUAAAAAUAAUACAAAAACUAUGGAAACAUCAGUGCCGUUACUAGAAAAUGCUUUGCGCGGUUCGGACUGUAAUCCCACAGAUAAAUUUGCUAUUAUACUUCAUGGAUGGAUUCAAAGCUGCUCGGACGACUGGGCAUUAGCAUUAAUUGAACGUCUAAGCUUUUAUCGUGGAGGCUGCGUUAUUUGCAUUGAUUACAGCAUUAUAGCAAGUUCUUCUUAUAUGCGUUUAUACUCAAAGUUUAAGGGUAUUACUGAAUCUAUAGUUUCAAUUAUAAAAUCUUUAUUUAAAAAUGGCUUUGAUCCUAGUCAAGGCUAUUUAUUUGGCUUCAGUUUCGGUGGACAACUGGCAUCUGCAGUAGGCCGCUCGCUACAACCCCAUUUUAUUAUACAAACAAUAGACACUUGCGAUAUGGCUGGACCAGGCUUCGAUCCUAUAACCGUUGAUCACUCUACGGCGGGCAAGCAUGUGCAGUGCUUUCACUCCAGCCGCGACAAAGGGACGCUCAUAUAUUCCUGUCAUAGAAACAUUAUGUUGGGCAGCUGUGGACUUAGUCAGCCAUCUGUGGCAAGCCAGCAACAUCUGGGCAGUCAUGGCUUAUGCGUUGACAUUUAUAUUAAUUCGUUUGAUUAUCCUUUUUAUGCGCUAAAAACUCCUCCAGCGGAAUGUAUACCGUUUAAAACAGAAUCUAAUGUUCCCAAUGACUACACAGUGGGUUAUGAGGAAAAUUUUAACACGCAAGUGAUUGGUAGAAUCUAUGUACCGACAAGCUUACACUAUCCAUACAACUUAUCAAAAAGAGAACUAAAUAAAAUAUAUGCAAAUAAUUUAUAG